AUGUCGGCGGCCAAGUCAACUUAUGGACGGAGCAGCUGGUACAAAGCCACCCGGCUGGACCCAUAUCACGAUAUGAUGGGCAGCGUACUCGAUAAGUCUGUCCAUCAUGCCUUGAGAACAAAGCUUCAACCGGGAUACCAAGGCAAAGAUAUUCCUGGGUUAGAAGCCAGUAUUGACUCCGGUAUAUCGGAUUUGAUGAGCUUGAUUCGAGAAAGUUAUGCCACCAAGCUCUCUCCUCUGGGAGCAGAAAAUGCAGAGAGCAAAGGGCUUCCGGAGCAGAAGCCUGUUGACUUUGGUCGACUGGCGCACUACUACGCUAUGGAUGCUCGCUCGAGGAUGUCGUUCGGACAGCCCCUUGGGCUUCUUCGGAAAAAUUCAGACGUCUUUGGGUUGGUUGCUAUGUCAAACUUGGCCAUAGACAUCUUGCAGUUCUUCACGGAUAUUCCGCCGCUCCAACGGAUUUUCACAUCGGAUAUUGCUCUACGGCUUCUUGGCCCCAAGGCUACAGAUAAGAAUGGCUUUGGAAAGAUCAUGGGACUUGCCAAAGAACACGUUGCCGCUCGAUUUGGUCCUGACGGGAAGGAUGAGCCUGACUUACUUGGGUCAUUCAUACGUCGCGGCCUUGAUCAGCGCUCAGCACAGUCCGAAAUCAUGUUCCCGAUGGUUGCUGGCUCUGACACAGCAGCAAAGGCCAUAAAAUGGACGAUGCUCUAUAUUCUUUCUGACCUCUCUGUGUAUGAGUCGCUUAUAAAGGAGGUUGAGGACGCAGUCUCAGAAGGAAGGAUAUCAGACCCCAUCACAUAUAAAGAAGCUCAGGAACUGCCAUAUCUUCAAGCAAUCAUAUACGAGUCCCUCCGUGUGAAACCACCUUUUGCUGGUCUGGUAAUGAAGCAGGUUGGGCCCGAGGGUGAUAUCUAUAAUGGUAUCAAGCUGCCUGCAGGCACCAGGAUUGGGCACGACGUGACGUCGGCGACCCACGACAAGAGACUCUUUGGCCAAGAUGCUGAGUCGUGGAAGAAACAGACUGAGCUCGUGUUUGGCGCUGGCCGAUGGCGAUGCACAGGCAAGUCUGUGGCUUUCUUGGAAUUGAACAAGAUAUUUGUCCAGCUCAUUCGGAACUUUGAAUUCCAGCCUUCGGAUGCUGAAAUGUUUGUAAAAAUCUCCGAUCGUAGGAAAGUGUAUUAG